ACCUGGGAAUUAUUGAACCCACCGAUCUAGCUACCCAAGGCACUUGGAAGAAGAAGAAGAAGAUCAUAUUCCAUACAGACGUCAAUCAAGACAUCAUGGCCCCCUCAGCUAUCACCGAGACCCUCUCAAGCACCUUGACCCUCAAGGGUGGAGAUAAGCCAACAGAGGCAAUCAAGCAUGACGCCACCGAAGGCAGGGAGAAGACUCCUUUAGAGGCCAUCUCGCACGGCAUGGUGAUGCCGGGCAUUCCCACAUUCCCAACUUACACAGCGCACAGGAGGCACAUCCUUGUGCACAUGUCCGCCACGUUCCGCUUCUUCGCGCGAUGCGGCUUCACCGAAGGGCAGUCGGGGCACAUCUCGGUGCGAGACCCAGAGUUCAACGGGCUCAUGUGGAUGAACCCUCUAGGUCGACACUUCGGCAUGCUGACGGCAGGUGACAUGAUAUGUCUGGACAUCGCGACCGGCAAAGUCGUCGGCGGCAACACCUCCCGGCCCGCCAACGCCGCAGGUUACCUGAUCCACUCCGCCGUCCACAAACGGCGUCCGAACGACAUCCACGCCAUCUGCCACGCACACUCCAACGCAGGCCGGGCCUGGAGCGUAUUCGCUCGUCCCCUGGAAAUGCUGAACCAAGACGUGUGUAAUUUCUACGACGCGCACGCCGUGUACGCCCGCUACGGGGGCAUCGUGUUCGCGGCCGAAGAAGGGGACCACAUCGCCGCGGCGCUAGGCGACCGCAACAGAGGCGUCAUCCUCAUGAACCACGGCCUACUGACCGUGGGCUCGACCGUCGACGAGGCGGGCUUCAUGUUCGGCCUGCUCGAUCGCGCCUGCGCCAUGCAGCUGCAGGUCGAAGCCGCCGCCGCCAACGGCAUCCCCAAGCACGUUAUCGGCGACGAGGAAGCCGCCUACAACUUCAAGAUGGCGAGCGAGGUCAACGCGCUGUACCGCGAGGCCCAACCCGACAUCGAGUACGAACUCGAGGCGGCGGGCGGCGACGACGCCCUGGCCAGGGGCUUUGAGAACCUGCGGGUGGCGCCGUAAAGGCCUUCGGUCUGGAACGCUGCGAGAUCGUACGUGAAAAACAGCUGCGACCCGCCGUCGGCGAAUAGAUGACGCCCAUCUGCCGAUAUGUGCAUUGCAGCUGCGAACGGUGAUAGGCGCGGACAUGAGUUUGUGCUCGUUAACCAAACCAUGAAAAGGUAGGGGGGUAGGGGAGGUAAGGGGGGAUAAUACAUACAUACAUAAAUUGAACAAGGUCGGCUAAGGGCAAGUAUGUAUCCAUUCGACCCUUGACGCGUUACCUACGGCGCUUCGUGGGGGUGGGAAAAAGGACCAUGGUAUGUAACCCUCACGAGACUAGGUGCAGAACGCAGGAUCCUACAUAGCACGUACAUAUGUAAUAUACCUACCUACCCCUACCUCCCUACAUACAUGAACGUAUACAUGUGAACAAAAAAAAACCGAAACUUGGAA